UAAUUGAGUGGGCCUAGACUUGUUGAUAGCAUUUGAUGCUCCUCAUUACAAGAUUUUGGUCUUUAAAGCUAAGCAUAUAGCCCUGUUUUCCUGGUAAAACAUUUUCUUCUGAAAUAAAUUAUGACCAAUUUUGGAGUAUUUAUUUUUCAAGUUGACAUUGAUAGUGUGCAAAAAAUUUGUUUCACUGACUCCUAAUAUGAAAUGUUCUAGGUUUUAGAGACCACUCAGUGUACAAAGGUCGUCAAGUAUUUUUAUAUAAAAGAGCUCAGAUAUUUGUAGUAGAUUUAUGGGGUGCAUUUAAUGGCCAAGGAUAUGGCGAGUUUAAAGACAUCAGCUCUCUGACCAUAAUGGCUGACUAUAUAGUCCCAGCCGUUCUUCAACAGCUUGGCAUUUUAAAAUUCAGUCCAAAACUUGCCAGUACUAUUGAAGCCAGUGGUGAAAUAUGUCCGGGGACUGAGGAGGAAGUUGAACUUCGAGCUUGCUCUAUACAUGCUGUGGAGAAAAUGAGGGAGCUGAUAAGUGUAAAAUCAGGAAGACAGGUGCUCAGUGUAGAGCUGGAUCUUUGGCUUUGGGCUUCUGGAAUUGAGACUGAAUCUCUGAAGCACCGCUGAACACUUUGAAUAUAUUAUUCUGAUCCAGUGUUUGAUCUUAGUAAUUUGUGUUUAGGCUUAAUCCAGUGUUUGAUCUUAGUAAUUUGUGUCCGACCUUGUCUCUUGAUGCUUUUUUAUUCUAUAAUUUGUGUAUCACCAAAUGCACUAAGUGAGGAAUACUUGUAUGUUUUCUUUCUUACAGGUCCCUGCAUCUAAUCCAGAAGCAAACUGUGGCUACUUUAAAUGGGCUACUUCAAAGUCUAAGAAUAAAUAAAUUGGGAUUGGAAACAACUUUAAUUCAGCCGUCAAUGCUCCAU